CUCUUCACCUCACAACCCGCACUCUUCUCUCCGGCAAGGCAAGGACUGGUGGUUGAGGCGUCGCGUUAAGCCGAAGCAGGAAGGAGAGCGUACGUGUCAUGGCUGGGAGCGCGAGGUCGGCGGCCACGAAGCACGCGUACCGGAUGUUCGCGCCGUCCCGGAGCGCGGCGGCGCGCGGCAGCCCCGGCGGCGCCGCGGAGGAGUUCGACGAGUGCGACGUCUGGGGCUCGUUCGGCGCCACUGGUGUGGCGGACUCCGGCCCCGCAGAGCACGCCUGGGCCCGCCCGAUCCCGUCGUCCGCCCGCGCCGCCGGCGGCCGGAAGAUGCCGCUGGACCGUGCCGCCGUCGCCGCGCCUGGGUCCGUGCCCGGGUCGCUGCCGAUGAGCAUACCGGACUGGCAGAAGAUCCUCGGGGUGGAAUACAGGGACCACCACGCCGGCGUGUGGGAGCUGGACGGCAACGACGACGAUGCCGGCGGCAAGGCGGCGAUGGUGCCUCCGCACGAGCUGGCGUGGCGCAGCCGCGCGGCGUCGCUUUCGGUGCACGAGGGGAUCGGCCGGACGCUCAAGGGGCGCGACCUCAGCCGGGUCCGUGACGCCGUGUGGAAGAGGACCGGCUUCGAGGACUGAUCUGCGGCAUGGCUCGAUCAGCGGCUAGCUGGUAUGUAGCCGGCCACCGCCGGCCGGUAGCCAGGCUUUGGAAGGAGAGCGUUACUGGUUGCCUCGCUUGUUUCCAUCCACCAAACCUCCUUUUUGCCAUUCAUAACAUAUAACCGAUUGGCGGUAGCGAGGACAUGCACGCGAUCCAUGGCGUGACAAAUUUUUAUGGACACCCGAAGAAAAGGUCGAAUAGGUCCAUCAGCUAUAAGGUGAUCGCGUGUAUUUCGCACCCUUCUUUUGGGGUAUGGGUAGUAUCUAUUAUGAGCUUCUUUAUUUUUGCAGUAGAUGUGUGCUACUGUUCUUUUUUUGGUCCUAGCUUCUGGAUACGAAGUUGCAGAACGGAGAAAGAAAUGAAAUACUCGUAUAUAUGCUUA